UAGUGGUUUUGAAUUGUUUCUUCAACGGUUUUUCUGCGGUAUUUUAUUUUCCCCUUUGCUGUGGCGCACUGCACUGAAUGUAAGGUACAGGUUUCAUUUAGUUAACGAAAUUGUUCUACCGCGGCGACGAGGCUAUAGAUACCAAAGAAUGUUUUUUUUGGCCUUCCAGCAUUGUGCGCAUGGGCGAAGGUUCCGGAUGUACAGUAAAUAAUAACAUGCAAGGAGUCAUAGCGUCUGCUAUAACUUGUGCAGGAGUGGAAUUAAAAGCUAGUUGUCCACUGAAAAAGGAUGAAAUACGAGCCUCACCAUGAGCUGGAGCUGAAGGAAGAAGAACGACGUGAAUCUCCCUGUGAAGACGGUGAACUGAUAGGCGUCUCCACGCUGGAUUCCAUGCUGUUUCAAGUGUUGUGAGGGAGAUUUGUUGCCAUCCAGACUCCCUUGGAUCAGGACACCAGCACAAUUCCAGCAUUCUGGAGAGGGAAUGGCUGCUUUGAAGCGUUGGCGUCACGAUGUGUUUGUUGUAAGCAAAGUUCCUUCAGUGCCUUACUAAAACAGCUAGAUGGUGUAAGCUGAUUAUCUCUACAACAAUGAUGGACAGAAGCUCACCAGAUGAUGAUAAACAGAACCCGCCACCGAUGGAGGAUGCAGAAGAGAUGGAGGUCACCAUGACAACUCAGCUAGAAAAUCUCCUUGUGACCAGAGAGGAUGCCAUACAAACACAGGCAGAGGAAACAGAGGGGCUCCCUUCGGUGUCUCGGUGUGAGAAUGAGGACUCAAACAAGUCUGUCCACACAGACACUUCAACAUCACAUCUACCAGAGAUGAACGACCACAACUUGCCAUCAGAAAACGAGGGGAAGGAGGUGCAGGUCACUAUGGUAACGCACGCACAGCAUGUUUCUGUGACCCGAGACGAUGCCACUCCAGCAAACACACAUACGGAGGCAGGUGAAGCAGGAGCUCUCCAAUCAGCAGUAACGCUCCCUGUGAGCUUUGUACGUGAGGCUGGCUGUGUGGAUGAGGAAUCGGAGGAUUCAGACAGUGACAGUUCUUCAUCUUCUUCCUCAUCCUCCUCUUCUUCGUCAUCCUCCUCUUCCUCCCCUGCCCCUGUGUUUGAGGACGUUGAUGAAGGUUUCAGCCAACCAGCCCCUGUCAAAGCUAGAGAUGAAGUCUUACUUGAGGAGCUUCCAGCUGUGGAGGAAGUCAGUGUGAGUUUACCUGAGGAAGCCGAGCUGCAGCCGGCGGGAACAGUCUCCAGUAUCAUCCAGCAGCUUGUUAUUAUCCAGUCCCUGAAGAACACGCCUGCUCUGAAUGAGGACAGCAUCCUGUUCAGGUCCGACAGGGUGGCUGUGGGAAAGGUGUUUGAGGUGUUCGGCCCUGUGUGCAGUCCUUUGUACGUUCUGCGCUUUAACUCUUCAGAUCAGAUCAGCAGCAAAGGCCUGACUGAGGGAUCGACUGUUUAUUUUGCUCCAGCACUCAAAGAGUACACAGAGUACAUCCUGACACAGCAGCUCAAACUUUAUAAAGGAUCUGAUGCUUCCUGGAAGAAUGACGAUGAACCACCAGAAGAGGCUUUGGAUUAUAGUGAUGAUGAGAAGGAGCAUGAGGCAAAAAGAAAAAUAAGGAACAACAAGAAGAAGGAAAAUGGCUGUGCAGAUAAAUCCAGUCAGCAGCAGAACCCCGACCGGCGGCCUUCCCAGCCCCGACACGCCAGAAACCGAGUCCGACAUCAGCAGCCGAGAAAUGCGCCGCCGCCAUCCGCCCACUCCUACCCUCCACCUGGACACACGGACAUUCCUGCUGCAUACUUUCCUUCCCACUCCCCUUAUUUUCCUCAUCCUCAUCAUCAUCACCCUUUCUCUCCACCCAGCUUCCCCCUCUACCCUCCUCCUCCUCUUCCUCCAGCGUUUUUCAACCCAUCUUUCUCCCCGUCUUUCUGGCAUCCAAACUCCGUCCCCUAUGUUGACUUCCCUCCUCCUCCGCCUCCUCCACCGCCACCUCAUCCCCCCUCACCACCUCACUAACACACACACACAUUCCCUAAGUUGACAGGGUGAUUUUUGUUCAUUAUAAGGAAUAUGUGAUUUACUUUCAGCAGUUUAGUGGCUGGUAGGCUGUAAAUCUUUUGAUGUAUAAAAUAAUCAAAAAACAGUAAAUCACUUGUAAUGGCUAAUAAAGCUGUGAGCAGCUUUUUGUUUUGA